AUGUUAUUGGCACGGGUGUGGUCGUCUUCUGAUAGGCAUGUAUGUAAGUGAGUGUGUGUGUGUAAAGCAACUUCAUGAGUGUGUUGGGAUAGGGUCGUCACCUGGUGUGUGUUGGUUUGAUUCCAGUUUUAUUAUACACGUGGGGACCAGAUGUUCCCAAAAAUAUAAUUAAAGCUGACGACUUGUUCUUUUUGCCAGUCUCCACAAGGAAACAGGCUAUUUCUGGCUUUGUAAAUUUGGGAUUACGGUUAGAAUUGGGCUUAGUCUUUUUUUCUUAGUAUUCAAAAUGGUCAUUAGACUUAAGGGAUAGGGAAUGGAAGAAAUCUUUUUUUCUAAGUAUCCUGAUCUUUUAUAUGAGUACCAGUAAACUAAUAGGCAUAGGGUUAUAGUCCAUGAGAAUAUCAGGAAUUCGGUUAUUUUCAUGUAGUCACAGAUAGCAACAGACCCGCCUUUGGUAAGCAAUACGAAGUGUGUUCCAAGUCCAUCGUAGUCAUAUCCUAUCUGUCCCACUACACUACCACACCCCAUUGUCUGGGAGAUACAGACUUACAAAACGUCAAGUCACUCUAUAGACCUGUCCUGCUAAACGGAUACAGAAAUCAGUUGCCCAGAACUUCACCUCAACUGCAGUCACUCUGUCAGCCUCUUCAUGGAAGAUCUACUGAAGUACAACUCCUCCAAGAGGAAUUCAGAGGCAAUGUGGUGGGGGACACUUGGCACUGUGAGGCCCUUCCCCAACUUCAAUGCAGAGAAGGAUGCCCGUGUCAUUCAAAAUGCCUUAGAGAGCAAAGGCAGUGAUUUGAACACCCUGGUGAGAAUCCUUACCAAUCGAAACAAUGCCCAAAGACAGAGCAUCGCACAGUCAUACCAUAACCUCGCAAAGAAGGAGCUGUGCCCUGCCCUGAAGAAAGCUCUGUCAGGGGGGCUGGAGCAACUAAUACUGGGGUUGAUGAUGACUCCCUCUCAGUUUGAAGCCCAUCGCCUCAGACAGACCAUGGAGGGUAUUGGUACAGACGAAGAGGGUCUUUUGGCAGUGCUCUGCACCAAAACACCACAGCAGCUUAAAGAUGCCACUACUGCCUACAAACAGGAGUUUGGACGUUACUUGGAGAAUGACCUUAUCAGUGAGACUAGUAAAGACUUCACAAAGCUGGUAUUGGCCAUACUGAAGAAGGAGGAGCUGAAUUCAAAGGAGAAUGUUGAUUAUCAUCUCAUUAACCAGGAUGUCAAGGCAUUGAAUGAUGCCUUGAAUGGAAAGAAAAAGGACCCAGCCCCCUGGAUUCAGGUGUUAACAACUCGAGACUCAAACCAUCUCAGCAGAGUGCUGUCUGGGUUGGAGGAUUUGAGAGGGGAAACUGUGGAUAAAACAGUUCAGAGUCACUUCUCUGGGGACCUGAAGGUUGGCUUCCAGACCCUGGUUCGCUCCAUUCCAAGUAUUCCUUUGUUUCUGGCCCAGCGGUUAAACAACAACAUUAAGAAAAGCAAUCUGGUGAUGGGAAUCCUUAUCAGUCACAGUGAGGAGGACCUUCUCUGCGUGAGAAUCGAAUAUCGCAAACUGACCAACACUUCACUCUACUCUACAAUACAGAAAGAAUACAAAGGGGAGAUGCAGCAGGCUCUUCUUGCCUUGUGUCGAUCUGAAGACAUCUGAAGGAAGACUUUGCUCUACAAAUAGUGCCUAUUAGUGUCUGUUCUUAUUUUUAGCAUAGAAGUGGUGUAAUGUCAUUACACAUUGUGCAUGUCUUGGCUAUUUCAUCACAUAUUGCGAUUUACACAAGUCUGCAUCUCUCAAUGUGCUUUUCUAUUAUCGAUACCUAACAGUGGCAAAUGCCUCAGACUUUUGUUCCUACUUCUGUGAAUUUCUCUGUGUGUGUGUCUAAGGGGGAACAACAAAUGUAGACAGGGCCCAGGGGCUUCAAAGUGUCUUGGCUGUCUCCCUGUCUUUGUCCUAAUCCCAGGACAAUGUCAUCCCCUACCCUAUUCACCUACCUUGCCCCCAUAACCAAUGGGUGGAUCUAUGGACUGUAAAAAGAGAACCACUUUGAUCAUAUGACUGUUUCUAAUACCCUUAUAUAGUCCCAUCACCCAGACCUGUCAUUUGAUUGUUGUUUCCCCCAAACUCAGAAAGAGUUGAAUAAACAGGUUUUGGAGUUA